AUGGAGCCCGCGGCCAGCAGCAUCCAGGUGCUGCUCCAGGCGGCCGAGUUCCUGGAGCACCGCCAGCACCGGCACCCGCCCGGCCUGGCCGAGGCCGAGCACGGCUACGCCGCUCUCUGCCCUGCGCCGUCGCGCCGCGCCGUGGGCAGCGUCAGGUCGGUGCACAACGCGCUGGAGAAGCACAGGAGAGCCCAGCUGCGGUGCUGCCUGGAGCGGCUGAAGCAGCAGGUACCGGUGGGCGUGGGGCCGUCCCGUUCCACCACGCUGAGCCUCCUGCACCGUGCCCGGCUUCACAUUCAGAGGCUGGAGGAGCAGGAACUGAGGGCACGAAGAGCCAAGGACCGGCUGCGGGACCGGCAGCGGAGCCUGCAGCAGCGGCUGGAAUCGCUGCUCCUGCCCACCGAUGGGGAACGGGCACGGGCUGACAGCCUGGACUCAUCCCAGAUCUCAGAGCCCUCUGAGGAAGAGGAUGCCGAGGUAGAGGUGGAUGGUGUGGUGUUCAGCGGGGACCUGCUGCCCAGCUUUGGCACCGGGAGGGAGCACAGCUACUCCAGCCCCCACAGCCCCGCAUCCUGACGGUGCCCGCUGCCCUCCCUGCGCUGCCUGCCUGCCUCCUUCCUGCUGGAAACCCAGCCCCACCAGCCUCAUCACAGCUGCCAGGCUAAGGGGCCACAGAUGGGGGCAAGAGUCUGGCCUUACCCCCCCACACCUGGGUGGCACUGGCUGUGGCACUGGGCGCAUGGGGCUGGCACUGCGCUGUGGCACCUGCUGGGCACCACGAGGCACUGGAAGAGGUGCUGGAAGAAGGCCCAGCUGUCACUGAGGACACUCCCCUGCCUCCCCCUGUGCACCCACGGGCAAUCUGGGGGCUGCCUGGUGUGGGUAUGGGGCAGUGCUGCCCACUGCAGACACCACUACAGAAAGGCUCUCCUGCCCCUGGAGGGCCAGGAAGGGGAAAUGAGUGCAUUAAGCAACCUGCCUUCGUGCUCCUGCA